CUGCACUACGGGACCCUCCUGGGCAGCAGAGCUUGUGUCCACAUGGCAGCAGCUGCCUGGGCCACUGGCUUUCUCACUGCUCUCAUGCAUACAGGCAACACAUUUUCCCUGCCCCUGUGCCAUGGCAAUGCCCUGGGCCAGUUCUUCUGUGAAAUCCCACAGGUCCUCAAGCUCUCCUGCUCACACUCUAACUUCAGAGAACUUGGCCUUCUUGCUGUUAGCUCUUGUUUAGCAUUUGGCUGUUUUGUGUUCAUUGUUUUCUCCUAUGUGCAGAUCUUCAGGGCCGUGCUGAGGAUCCCCUCUCAGCAGAGACGGCACAAAGCCUUUUCCACCUGCCUCCCUCACCUGGCUGUGCUAUCCCUGUUCCUCAGCACUGGCAUAUUUUCUGACCUGAAGCCCCCCUCCAUGUCCUCCCCAUCCCUGGAUCUGGCCCUGUCAGUUCUGUACUCGAUGGUUCCUCCAACCCUCAAUGCAGAUAUUGAAAUCCACACUGGCUGGCUCUGA